UGAGCCUUUUCCAACGGCAGAUCAGAUGCCUCUCCAUUUUCUAUCGCCAUCGCUCCCAAUGACUCAAUACUGACGAACUGAGCAUUCUACCAGAAAACCUACCUUUGCUAUUGUCUUGGUCUAAGCUUGGCCCAUCGGCCGCCGUCGCAGCUGAAUUCAGCAAUGGCCGCAGUCGAAACCUCAAAUGUUGCAUCCUUAUCUGAGCAAUACUUACUGAAAGACCACGAAGAGAAAUCCCUCACGACAGCAAAACCGGUGGAAGAAGCUGAUGUUAAGACCCCUUCAGCUGCUCCAGCUGAAGAAGUUAUUUCCAAAACUGAGGAGAAUCCAGUGGUUGAGAGCACCGAAGUUGCCCCUGCACCUGAGGAAAGCAGUGAAGCUGUAGCUGAAGCCCCUCCUGCUGUGGAAACUUCCAGUGAUGAAAGCAGCGAAAGUACUGAAGAUGAGACCUCAGGAGAUCAGGAGUCUGCUGUUGAAACCCCUGAGAUUAAGCUUGAGACAGCGCCCGCUGACUUCCGCUUUCCUACCACAAAUCAGACGAGACACUGCUUUACAAGAUAUGUCGAGUAUCAUCGGUGCACAGCUGCAAAGGGUGAAGAUGCACCUGAGUGCGACAAGUUUGCCAAGUACUACCGAUCCCUUUGCCCUGGUGAAUGGGUUGACAGAUGGAAUGAGCAGAGAGAGAAUGGAACCUUUCCUGGACCAUUAUAAAUUGUGGUGCCCAAAUUGUUCUCGUUCUUUCUGCAUCUGAAUUCUCAAAUGCAUGGUGGCUCCAUUUUUGUUAUGAAUAAAAUUUGGCGUGCUUAUUGGAUCUAGCUCAAGCCUUCAAUGAGUUCAUUGUUACAACAAAGUUAUUUUGGAUCAUCACUUGAGUUGUCCUCUUCCAAAAUACAAUUUUAUGCAUCGAUGUCCUGUAGAUUAUCGGUGAUGAAUCAUCUAGUGAAACCUGUUGACAUUUUUAUAAAUGAUGCGAACUGAUCAUUAAUAUCACACAAAUAAUGCUUAUUUUUU